AUGGAUUGCAGUGUUCAGGAGGCGUGGACUUGCGCCGAAGCCCCGCCUCCAGCGGUGCAGAAUAUUCAUGAAUGGCAGUGUGGGAAUAAGGCAGAUGACGCGGGUGGCACGAGAGCCAAUCAGCAGCCGUGUUUUGAUGACGCCAGUAGAACGAGCCGUUUCGAGUCACUGGAUGCUUGGAUUGAGCAAUAUUUGAUAUGCAGAUCGAUUCAAGCAAAUGGUUUGCCUGACAGGUUCACGUUCACCGACUCAGGCAAUCAGGAUUAUCUGAACAUCGAAGGAGUGAGAGCUGAAGAUGAAGCAGUUUAUUACUGUGCUUGUCUUAACUGUGGUGAAGCUUACGUGUUUGCUCAAGGCACCAAACUUGUGAUCUCUGCUCGUGGGUCGUCUCCCCCGUCCCUGCUCCUGCUGGCUCCCUCUGGUUCUCUGCUCUCUGAGAGUGAUGUCAGUGUGAUGUGUGUGGCUCAGGGUUUUUACCCUGAAGGUGUUACCAUGUCCUGGUCUGAGGACAGCAGCAGUGUGACGGGUGACGAGGUGCAGACGGGUCCGUAUCAGCGCCAAGCCGACGGCACGUUCUCCCAGACCAGCGUUCUGAAGCUCAGCAAGCAGCGCUGGAGCUCUGGGAGAACCUACACGUGCCGCCUGAGUCACUCUGCGCUUUCCACACCUCUGAGCCAGAGCACCAGCCUGGACCAGUGCAUGUAGAAAGAUCACCCAGUGCUGUUCCACAUGUUAUCUGCUGCAUAAAGAAAGAUUUAUAAAACACA